AUGCCGGACACCAACACGAAUCGGAUCCCCAAAAGAGUCAUCACAGGACACGAUUCUGAAGGAAAGGGGAUAAUUCACCACGUGGACGAGGGCGUGUGGGCCAAAAUCGACAAUGACAUCGUCCGCUACAACGCCAUGUGGACGACCAGUACAUUCCCCAUCGAUAUUAAGAAUGACGACGCUCUCGAGAAGGAAAAAACCGUCCUGUCGCUAUCUCUUCCCAACGGGACGGUGCUGAGGAUGGUGGACAGGUCGCCGGGCUCUUCGUCUGCGAUGCAUCGAACCCAGAGUCUCGACUAUGGCGUCGUCAUCGAAGGGGAGAUGGAGAUGAUCAUGGACUCAGGCGAAAGGAUUACAUUGCAGCGGGGCGAUGUCUGUAUCCAGCGUGGGACGAUGCAUCAGUGGAGGAACAACACCGACUCUUGGAACCGGAUGCUCUUUGUGCUGAUCGAUGCCCUGCCGGUGGAAGUGGCUGGAAACGUCUACAAGGGUGAGACCGGCUAUGAACACGUCAAGGAGAUUGGCAGCCGGCUUUGA